UUCAUCGACUGUUAACGCGGGAAGUUCGAUAUUUAAAAUAUAUGCAGCAUUGUUGUUGACGCAAGAGAUCUGCUUCUUUUAUUAUUAGAAAACUGUUUUGGGACAUGCUAAAAAUGCUUUAUGAGAUCAGUUGUUUCUGGAUAUAUUAAAUUCGAGUGACAACGGUCGUCUAUAAUUUUUUAAAGUUGUCAUAGUAACGCGAGAGAUUUUAAAAGUUUUGAAACCAAAAUUGACAUUUAGUCAUUUUAUUCGCUUAAGUUUGUGGUCCGCGAUGAUGAAGUGUAAAUCCAGCAGAUCUUCCAUGGUCAAUGGAGUACAAUCAAACAUUUCUGCUUUUUUCCUUUCAAAGGUUUCAUCAAAGUCUCCUAAAAGAACGAAAGCUGGAAUUCCAAAAGUUCCUAUUUCAUUGAAGACUUGUUUUGUGGAGGAUGAAAAUGUCCCCUGCUUUCCAAAUUCUGCUGUUCCAGAAAUGCUUGACAGUUCGAGGGCCGAGAAGGUCUGUCCUGACUCCUCAUAUGAGAACCACUCAUCUGUCUCACGUGGUCUUCACUCUAAAGGUGUCAAGGUUAAAACCAGUCUGAUGGCACGUAAACUGAUGCAGGCACAGAAAAACAGCAGUCCAGAACCAGGAGACACUUUUGAGCUUAAGAAUGGCGUAAGUCAUUCUGGCUCCAUGAAGAGAUUGUUGUACAGCUCGGAGAACAUCCAGAGUGCCAAACGCGCCAGGACCGUGCAAGAUCAGAAACCUUCAGUAGAGUCUGAUUGUGAGCCAAGCUUACCAGUGGUCUAUCCAAAUGCUCCUGAAGACUCAUUACAGAGAGCAUUCUCAAAUAGUCCAGAGAAAAAAAUCAAAUCAAUCAAAUCUCAGCAUCUUAAUUUUGAGAAUAGCCGAUUGGCAUCUGUGCCUGGUGUGAAAAUGAAUGGUCUCUCAAAGCUCUCCAAAAAAUCUUUUCACCAUCUGAGCUUUAGCAUGUGUGAGAAAGAGAAUAUGUUAACUGUUACUGCAAAGCCAGCGAUAGACAUAAAUGCAGAUUCUGAGGGAAAUGAUCUUGUGAUGUCAUAUAGUUCAUGGAUACAAAGUGACGCCAAUGAAGAAAAACAGACCUUUCUCAACUAUCCUGUAACUAAGAAGAGACCUUUGAUGGGUGCUGCCAAGCUGCAAGCGAAAGACGAAAUUGCUGAUGUAAAUACUUUGCCUGCCCUAUUUGAAGAUGAUUUAAAUGACCUGAAAGACGAUUGGUUUGAUGAUGGCAUGGACCAAAACUUUGAGGCACCAAAACCCAAGAAGUUUAAUCUUGAAAAAACUAAAGACAUACCAGAACAUGUUAUACUGGCCUCUGGUGUAAACAACAGAUACUGGGUUCUGGAUGUACAGGAAGUCACCUCAUCACAAAGUAGCACUGAGAAGCACUUAACCAUCACCUGCUCAAAGAUGACACAGCCCACAGAGACCUGCGUUCUCAAAGAUGGCUGGGAGAGUACUCCAAUUGCAGUGAGAGACAUCAUUCACUUGGAAGGGAGGUGUGUUUCUGGCUUGUGGACGAUUGAUAGGGACUCUGGUUUCCUGGUUCUGCUGCCUGAUCUGCUGCUCUCUGGGACCAGCAUUGCCAGCAGUAUUCGCUGCAUUAGGCGAGGAGUGCUCGGAGAGCUGUUCAAGGUGUUCGACGGUGGAUCCAAGCAGAUGCUAAAUGGUACCAUAGUUCAUGAUAUCUUUCAGAAAGCAGCCAUGUCUUCAGACUUCUGUCCUGAGAAAAUACAGACAUUAGCCACAGAGGCACUGAGGAGCUCCAACUACCUUGGACAAAUGUACAGCUUAAAACUGACCCAGGAUGACAUGAGGCAGGAAGUUGAACAAUAUCUCCCUUCUUUAUCUGAGUGGGCAAAAGACUAUCUUCACACUUCACCACAGGCUGGACACAAACAACUCAGCCUGAAACUUCCAAGUGAUGGGGCAAUGAGCAAGCAUGAUGCAGCCUGUAGCGUGACAGUCACAGAUUUUGUGGACAUUGAGGAGAACAUCUGGUCUCCACGUUUUGGCCUGAAGGGAAAGAUCGAUGUGACAGCUGGGAUUAGGAUUCAUCGCAGAGGCAGACAGACCAUAGAUAGGAUUGUGCCACUGGAGCUGAAAACAGGCAAAGAGUCCAACUCCAUUGAGCAUCGCAGCCAGGUUAUCCUGUACACACUGAUGUGCUCAAAUAGACGUUGUGAUCCAGAGGCAGGUUUCCUUAUCUACUUAAAGACUGGCAGUUUAUAUCCUGUUAUAGGCAACCACAUGGACAGGAGAGAGCUGAUUAAAAUCAGGAACUCAUUGGCUCAUCACAUUGGCAACAGUCUGGUCAAGGUGGAUGGUAGAAGUCAAAUGGCCCCAUUGCCUGCCAUGGUAUCUGACCAGCAGGCUUGCAAAUACUGUCCUCAGAGAAGAAACUGUGCUGUUUACAGCAGAGCUCUAGAGGGAGAUCCAGGGGAGAACUUGAGUGAGGAUUCACAUGCCUUUGUGGAGCUGGAAAGCCAGCACCUCAGGCAGGUGCACCUCCAGUACUUCAGCCACUGGCUGCUGCUCUGCUCACUGGAGGCUCUCACCAUGGAGAACAAAGGUGGCCGUCGCAAUAUCUGGCUACAGACCGCCCAGCAGAGGGAGAAGAGUGGUGGCUGCAUGGGAAACAUGCAGUUAGCUGGAAGUGUCAGCAUUCUGUCUGAUGGGGUGUAUAAGCACUGCUUUGAGAGGAUAGAGGGAGAACAGACUCUCACCGGGCUGAUAGUGGGGGACAGGAUUGUUGUCAGUGAUCAGGAAUCUGUGCUCAUAGGCCUCGCCACAGGAUACAUCACAGAGAUUACAAUCAAUGGAGUGAUGUGUACUUUGGAUAAAAAUCUUUCCAAGUAUUCCUCAAACACAGUUUUCCGUCUAGACCAGGAUGAAGGUGUUGGUGGUCUUGGCACUCAUCUAGUAAACUUAUCUAUGUUAAUGGAAAAUACUCAAACCAGUGAAAGAUUAAGGGAGUUGAUUGUGGAAUUCAGGCCUCCUCAGUUCAUUGAUAGUCUGAGCAGCGUGUUACCACGAGAUGCCAAGGAGACUGUUGCCAACAUUCUAAAAGGACUCAACAAACCCCAGAAGCAAGCUAUGAAAAAAGUGCUACUGUCCAAAGAUUACACACUUAUUGUGGGAAUGCCUGGCACUGGGAAAACUACCACCAUUUGUACAUUGGUGCGUAUUCUCCAUGCUUGUGGCUUCAGCGUGCUUCUAACAAGCUAUACCCACUCUGCUGUGGACAACAUCCUUCUGAAACUGAAGAGGUUUAAGAUUAGCUUCCUGCGACUGGGCCGCAGUCAAAAAGUGCACAAAGACAUCCUGCCCUUCACAGAGGAGUCGGGUCGGGCCAAAGGCAUCCAAACCCUGCAAGAGCUUGAAGAACUCUACAACAAAGAACUCAUUGUGGCCACCACUUGUAUGGGUGUGAAGCACCCAAUUUUCACCCGUAGACGCUUUGACUUCUGCAUAGUAGAUGAGGCGUCUCAGAUCAGUCAGCCUGUAUGUUUAGGGCCACUGUUCUACGCCCAGCGCUUUGUCCUGGUGGGAGAUCACCAACAGCUCCCUCCUAUUGUGCAGAAUGCUGAAGCAAGGGCCUUGGGCAUGGAUGAGAGUUUGUUUAAACGUCUGGAGCACCACGGUGAUGCAGUUGUUCAGCUGAAUGUUCAAUACCGAAUGAACAGGGCGAUCAUGUCUCUGAGCAAUGCUCUGAUGUAUGAGGGCAGACUGGAGUGUGGCUCUGAGAGGACAGCCAGUGCAGUACUACAGUUGCCCAGUAGGGCACAGGUUGAGAAGGAGCUUGAGCUGUAUGUUUGUCAACCACAAUACAGUGCUUGGAUUCAGGCUGCACUAGAGCCCAAUGACCCUGUGUGUUUCCUGGACACCUCUGAGGUCCCCGCCCCAGAGACGGUGGAGAAAAGUGGAAUCAGCAACCAGACGGAAGCUAUCUUGGUACAUUCCCUUGUCACUCUGCUGUUGAAGGCUGGAUGCAGAGCAGCUGACAUUGGUGUCAUUGCCCCAUAUCGGCAGCAGCUGAAAGCCAUCUCCAGUCUGCUGCAGGGAGCUGCAUAUAGCGCUCUGGAAGUCAACACGGUGGACAAGUACCAGGGCCGUGACAAGAGCGUCAUAAUUGUGUCCUUUGUUAGGAGCAACACUGAGGGCAACCUGGGAGAGUUGCUGCAGGACUGGCGCAGGCUCAAUGUGGCUAUUACUCGAGCCAAAUAUAAGCUCCUCAUGCUGGGCUCUGCAUCCACCCUGCGCCGUUACGCUCCACUAGAGAAACUCCUCGGUCACCUUCAGCAGGAAAAUAUGAUCUUCCAGCUGCCUCCUGCCACCCAUGAAGCACUACCCACAAUUCACUUGUGAUCUGAUGUUCUAUCCUGAUCCAUAGCAUACCUCACAAAAACCAGUGAUACUGUGAAACAACCUAUUACUUGAACAAAAUGUAAGUAAAUAGUAAACAUAAGCUUCAGAAUGUGUAGACCUUUUAUUUUGUUUCAAUGAUGGAUGUCAAGAUCAGUAAUGCCAUACCAGUUGUUGAAAGCAAUAGUAAAGCUCCUCAUGGAUAAGGAUGUCCAGGACUGACAACUGAAGACUUUUCCUCAAUGCUUAAUUUGGCCAUAAACUGUUUCACUCCAGAUUAAGUUGUAUAUUUUAUGAUCAAUUCCUACCUCAUGUCGCUUUUUAAAUUCCUGUAAUUGUAUUCCUGUAGUGUCAUGUUUUUGAAUGGGAAUUGAAUAAGCAGUAAGUAGUUUUUAUGUAUGUGUAUAUUUGUUUUCUUGUUUAUUUUUCAUGUUUUAAAAAUCUUUUUUCAAGUUUAAUAAA